UAAGCAAUGACUUUCCCAUGCUGUCUUUUAUUGAGACAGUUCAUGUUAAUAUCCUUUUGUUAUAGACUUAUAUCCUGUUUGCAGGUCCAAAGAAUGUAAAGGAUAAAUUUCUCGUUUAUAAAUAUAGUGCUUCUGAACUUAGUGGGACUAAUGACACCAUAAAAUGGCAGGGAUGUUCCAUCCUUUAUGUUGAAUGAUUUACUUCUGCUUCUCUUCUCGCAAACACGAUUUUAUGUGUAUCCAUUUAUUAAGUAGUAUGUUUUUGUCCAUUUGUGUUUGCUAUUCAUAUAUUUCACGUUUUUUGCAGAUUACAUUCAGUCUUCUUUUUUCUUUCGUGAUCGCUUUCGUACCAGACACUUUGAGUGUAGCACCUGAUAAAGCAUGUGUCGCGUCCCGGGUGCCUCCAUUCGACAUAAAUUUCAUGAAAUUGUAAAAAAAAAAAAAAGAUUGUGGUUUUUCCUUCUUAUUGUUUAUGAAUUUUGUGUUUGGAAAUUGCUGCUCAUCAUUUGAGCUUCAGGUAAUGGCAGCCGGAAUGAUCCAAAUCUUGAGGGCUUUGUCAUUACCAUAAGGCCGGCUUGGGAUGUACACUUGAUGUUAAUACAAGAUGCUCUUACCGGAAGGGAUUCUAUUUCAAGUGGUUCAUCGAGUGAUUUGGGUUAUCUACAGUUGUGCUUGGAAGUGUUUUUUUUUUUUCAAAGAACGUCUUCCAGUUUAUAUUAGAUAAAGUUCUUAAAACUGCAGCAUUUGAGGUUGGUUCUUAUGCUCUGUAUUCCGUUUUUUUAAUAGUUGCGUCAAAUGCUUAACACGUUGCUUCAUCUUCAUGUCACCUAAAUCCUAACCCCGGUGUAUCGUAUGUUACCCAAGUAGCCUUACAUCUAGUCCCAUUGAAUAAGUCGGUUUUCUAUGAUUGGUUAAUUGGCUGUUUGAGGCCAUUUAGGGGAUUGCUACUUUUUCUAGUGGAUGGUGUCAAACGGGGUUAAUCUACAGUAUUGCAUUUCCUACAUUGUUUUCCUUUUGAAUAGAAACAACCCUUUAUUGUUUUUCAUUGGCAUUCCUGUAAGGAUGGUGUAACAUGUGCAGAAUGAUGAAGAGGAUAUGUGCAACGCCUAUCUUCAAAAGUUGAUCACCUAUUCACCUGCUUCUUACUCACCCACUUGCCAGAGACAAGGUCAAAGAAUCAAAGAAUUAAAGGAGAGGGCUACGAGCGUGCUUAGUCCAUGCUGCCUGGUUGGGUCACAUGAGCUUUCGCAUGAUAGUAACCAAACUGCACAAGCCUCUGAAAGUGGUCCUCUACCAUUUGUCUCUCUUUUGGAGUUUGUGAGUGGAAUUUAUCGGAAGGAGCCAGAGCAAUUGUCUGGCAAUGACGCCUUGUGGACAUUUGUGAACUUUGCUGGAGAGGACGAUACAAAUUUUCAAACUCUUGUGGCUCUCUUGAAUAUGCUGAGUACCUUGGCUUCUAGUCAAGAAGGUGCUGCAACGGUUUGGGAGUUACUUCAGGGCAAAGUGUUUCGUUCUGUUGGGUGGAGCACCUUGUUUGAUAGCUUGUCAAUUUAUAAAGAGAAGUUUUAAACAGUCCCUUGCUGGUGCCAUGUUACUGGAACUCCCAGAGGAUGAUGCUUAUUUGAAUCUCCUUCAAAAGGUUGUGGAAAAUGGAAAUCCCCUGGAACGAAAUAUUUGGAAGGAUAUAGUUUUCCAGACACUGUUUGUGCUUAGCUGUUAGAAAUUUUGAGCAUUAAGCUUUGCCAAUUUUGUAAGGUCAGAAGAAGAACGACUUCAUGGACUUUCCCCAGCAAAAGUAACGAGCUAAUGAGGUAUAUCACGAUGGUGGAAAUGUGCCGGGGAAUAGAGAUCAGUUAAUAACCAUGUUACUUCCACUAGUGGAACUUGUGCUGAAUGUCUUCCUAAGCCAUUUUCAGUAUAGGUAUGUAGGUAUGGAUCUUAUAUAUCUUCUUCCUCCCCUUCCCCUGCCUUAUUUUUUCAAGAGAAGGGUUGCUGGUGGCAGUAUAUGUAGAGCCUUGUAAGAGAUUGUAUCAUAUUUAUGUAGAUAUUCCCAUAUGGACUUCAGUUCCGACCUCUAAUUACUUGUGAUUAGGAAAGGCUGCUGCCUGCUGGUACUAAUGAUUCAUGACUAUUUUGAUUUCAUUUUGUCCUUGAAGUAUUGUUGGUAUUGAUUGGCAACUUUCUUUGGUUAAUCUUACUUUUUCUUUGCAGUUCUUUGGCAUCUUAUCCCCCUGGUUCUUUGAAGACAAUUACAAAUGGUGCCAACUGUGGCCCGGUACAAGACAUAUCUUUGUAAUCUCAUUUAGACUUUAGAAAGACUGAGUUACUUAGUGAGGUCUACUAAGUAUUAUCUUUGUAAUUUAUUUACUAAUGGAUAUUUAGUAUAGUUUUAUUUACUUCUGUUACAAAACUUACAGAAUGAUAAUUACCUCUGUUCAAGAUUCAAAUGUAAGCUCCUUUAACCAGUGUAGCCCAUCUUGCAGUUCAACUCAUUUGAUUCUAGCUAAACUAGAUCCUACACUUUUG